GUACCGUCGGGGGACAGCGUGAUCCUGGGCAUGCGGCUGGAGGAGAGCACGAAGCCGGCGGCGGGGACCCCGAACCGCGGGCCCAUCCGCGUCACGGAGGGUAGCGAGGUGCGUGCUGCUCCGCCUCUACGGGGGCUGGGCCCUCGCACCGGCGAACGGGUGGCCUUCGCCGAACUACGACCCGCCGCCGCCGCCGCCAACGCUUCGGUUCCCAACGGCACCUGCCCCGAACGCUCCCAGGACCUGCUGGUGCAGCCCGGCCCGGCCGAGGCCCGCAACACCUCGGCCCUGCUGCGGGUCCGCGUCCAGCCCCUGCGCAAAGACGAGCAGGCCAAGACCUACGUCCUCUGCACCCAACUCCGCCCCGGCCAACCCUGGUUGCCCCACCAAGGCCCCGACGGGCGUAUCGUGGUGUUGGAGGAGAAGAAGUCGCUGCUGCCCCUUUGGUUGCAGGUGAUCCUCAUCGCCGCGCUGCUGGUGCUGUCGGGGAUGUUCAGCGGGCUCAACCUGGGCCUCAUGGCACUGGAUCCCAUGGAGCUGCGCAUCGUGCAGAACUGCGGCACCGAUAAGGAGAAGCGUUACGCCCGUAAGAUCGAACCCAUCCGCCGUAAGGGGAACUAUUUGCUCUGUUCCCUGCUGCUGGGUAACGUGCUGGUUAACACCACCCUCACCAUCCUCCUCGAUGACCUCAUCGGCUCCGGCAUCGGCGCCGUCGUCGCUUCCACCAUCGGCAUCGUCAUCUUCGGGGAGAUCGUGCCCCAGGCGCUCUGCUCCCGCCACGGCUUGGCCGUGGGCGCCAACACCAUCGUGGUCACCAAGUUCUUCAUGCUGGUGACGUUCCCCCUCUCCUACCCCGUCAGCAAGCUCCUCGACUGCAUCCUGGGCCAGGAGAUCGGCACCGUCUACAACCGGGAGAAGCUGGUGGAGAUGUUGAAGGUGACGGAACCCUACAACGACCUGGUGAGGGAGGAGCUCAACAUGAUCCAGGGAGCCCUGGAGCUCCGUACCAAGACGGUGGAGGACGUGAUGACCCCGCUGCAGAACUGCUUCAUGAUCAACAGCGACGCCAUCCUGGACUUCAACACCAUGUCGGAGAUCAUGGAGAGUGGCUACACCCGCAUCCCCGUCUACGAGGACGAGCGUUCCAACAUCAUGGACAUCCUCUACGUCAAGGACCUGGCUUUCGUCGACCCCGACGACUGCACCCCCCUCAAAACCAUCACCAAAUUCUACAACCACCCCGUCCACGUCGUCUUCCACGACACCAAGCUGGACGCCAUGCUGGAGGAGUUCAAAAAGGGGAAGUCCCACCUGGCCAUCGUGCAGAAGGUGAACAACGAGGGCGAGGGAGACCCCUUCUACGAGGUGCUGGGGCUGGUGACGCUGGAGGACGUCAUCGAGGAGAUCAUCAAGUCGGAGAUCCUGGACGAGUCGGAUAUGCUAAGGAUACCGGUCCUGCGGGUGCAUCGGCCUGGCCUGGGCACGCUGCGGUUUUCAGCUGCGGCCGCUCGGCUCCUUUCCCCGGAGCAGAGGUGGACGUUCCUCCUCCGAGGAGUUUUUCCUGGAGGCUCGGCGCGGUUUUGGGAGAAAGCAGGAGAAACGUCGGUUCACGGAGAGGCUCGGCAGGUGCCCGGCAGCUGGGGCGGGAGCGCCGCCAGCUUCAACGGAGGUAUCGAUGGGGCCCAGCCCGAUCCGGGGAACCACCCCGAGGGACAGGGGGGACGCACCUUCGUCCGGAGGGACGGGAGAGGGACAAGGACCACGGCCCUGACCCCCCUUCCCCUCUCGCUCUCAGAGGUGACGCUCUUCACCCCCAACUUCAUCUCGGAGAAGAUCCUGCUGCGGCUCCUCAAAUACUCCGACGUCAUCCAGGAGCUGAAGUUUGAUGAGGAGAACAAGAAAUCCCCGCGCCACUUCCUCUACAGCAAGAACAAGGCAGCCGACUACUUCAUCCUCAUCCUGCAGGGCAAGGUGGAGGUGGAGGCCGGCAAGGAAUGCAUGAAGUUUGAAGCGGGAGCUUUCUCCUAUUACGGGGUGAUGGCCCUCAGCCCCUCUCCUGGAUCCGAGAUCCGCCCCCGUCCCAACGUCAGCAGCCUGAACCGCUCGGCCUCCCUCAGCUACCACGAACGCGCCGACUCCGUCUCCUCCCCAGAUCCGUCCCACGUCAGCAGCCUGAACCGCUCGGCCCCCCUCAGCUACACGGACGCAUCCGUCUCCUCCCCCGUCAGCGGCAGCAACAACCAGCUCAACGCCGGCACCGGCGCCCAGUACGUGGCCGACUUCAGCGUCCGCGCUCUCACCGACCUCCAGUUCGUCAAGAUCACGCGGCAGGAAUACCAGAACGGCCUGACGGCCUCCCGCAUGGACAGUUGUCCCCAGUCCCCCGACAGCAACGCCCCUAAACCGGACGCCGGUUUACCGGAGAAACCGGAACCCUCCACCACCGCCGACGAGACCACCAGUCUCCUGAACGAGAGGAACUGCCUGAGCCGCCGGAAGUUGGAGCUCUUCAGCCCGGCCCGCGCCUCCGAGAAGGCCCUGCUGCGCUUGCUGAGCCGUCCCGGUAUUGUUCAGGAGCUGAAGUUUGACGAGAACAACCGCUUCACCCUGGACCGCUACCUGUACUGCUGCCCGCCAUCCCCUCAGCCGCUUCAUCCUCAUCCUGCAGGGUCCUGCCGCGACGUCUGCGUGGCGCUGGGUGCUCUCUCCGCCUGUCGGGGCGCACUGAGGGGCGGCUGUGGCCGCGUGGAGGUGGAGAGCGGGAAGGAGGGACUGACAUUCGAAAAUGGAGCCUUUGCCUACUACAGCGUCUCCGCACCGGCACCGCUACCCGCAGGUUCCAGCUCUCCGACACCGUCUGCCGUGCACUCGUCCCCGGCGUCCACCCGGUGCCGCAGCUGCCGGGAUCAGCAGCAGGGCUGCGCCGACUGCGUGAGCUGCUCCUCGUACUGCCCCGACUACAGCGUGCUGACGUUUACCGACCUGCAGCUGGUCCAGUAUCUCGGUGCCCUUGUGGCCUCCAGGACCCCAAAUCCAGCCCAUUCGCCCGACACCAUCGAGCCGAAAGUCGUCCCCAGCAGCCGGACCGCGCUCCUGAGCCACCAGAACACCGUGCCAGGGGUAGGGAGCCGGCGUGGCCGGGGGGUGGUGACGGCUGCCCCAGUAGCCAUGCCCAACUGGGAACUGUGCCCUGGGCAUGGCUGGGGGGUUCUGGGGUGCCGGUGGGGCAACCUCCAUCUCCGGUUCUUCUCGGCAGCGAGCAGCUAG